AUGGCGAACACCGAGCGGCACACAGCACCGCGGCCCAGAGAUCUGCCCGCCUGGAACACAGCACGCACCGCAGCUCACUGCGAAUAUUACAGCGCCCCCUGCUGCACGGAGGUGUCAAUGAAAGAUGGUGAUCUGGAUGUGUUCCUGAGGGGAUUUGAAAAGGUUUGCCGGCAGUUCCAUCUACCUAAGGAACAGUGGGGACGAUAUCUAACCCCACGGCUGCGAGGGAAAGCUCUGGAUGGGUUUGCUUCGCUUCCCUCUGAGAGUGACCAGGACUAUGAGGCAAUAAAAUCUGCCCUGCUAAAAAGUUUUAAUCUGAAUCCAGAGGCUUAUCGGAAAAGAUUUAGGACUUUGCAACAAAGCGCCACAGAAAGCUGCACUCAACAUACAGGUCAGCUAAGGACUGCAUUCAGGCAAUGGACUGGGGGCCUACAAGUCACUACCUAUGAGGCCCUGGAGGACUUGAUGGUCCUGGAUCAGUUUCUCCAAACACGGAGCUUGGAAGCCAGAGAGUGGAUUUUGGACCGCAAGCCCAAGACAGCCAUGGAAGCAGCAGAACUAGGAGAUGACUUUGCCAACAACAGGGCGCCAGCAGCAAAGAGUGGAUCUGCACAAGCUGGAGCAAGUACCUGGAGGGGAGCCACACAACCACAAAGCACCACCAGGUCAGCCGGGAAAUUCUUGCCAUCAUCCCCAAAAGCAACAGGAGCCACAUUGGGUCAGGGGGACACCCGCCGAUGUUACAGAUGCAACAAUAUUGGGCACCUCAGUGCCAUUUGCCCCAACAAAAAGAAUUCUCCACCAGUAGCUGGAGGACACACAGCCGUUCUUCUGGUGUCCGGAGCGGUGGAGAAAGGAGUGGAUAACCUGCAGAGUGUAACUGUGGGUGACCGGGUGACAGUGGGUUUGCGGGAUUCUGGAGCCUCCUUUACCUUGGUGCUGCCUGAAGUGGUGGAUACAGAGGACAUCAUCCCUGGAAGAACCAUGGCUUUAAAAGGAAUUGGAGGUGUGCGGCCUGCUGUGCCCAUGGCCCGUGUGUACCUGGAUUGGGGUACAGGCAAAGGUUUGCGGGAGGUGGGGGUCUCUGAGGACAUCCCUGUUAAUGUUCUGCUGGGGAAUGAUUUGGGUCGGAUGCUCUGUCAAAUAGAUGAGUUACUUGAUCAGCUAGCAGGUUCCCAAUAUGUGACUAUCAUGGAUUUAAGCAGAGGGUACUGGCAGAUCCCUAUGACCCCAGAAGCCCAGGAGCAGUCAGCCUUUAUCACUCCCUUUGGGUUGUUUGAGUGCUGUGUCAUGCCUUUUGGGAUGAAAAAUGCCCCAGCCACUUUCCAACAACUGGUUGAUCAGCUGCUAGAGGGCCACAGGGAAUACGCCGUGGCAUACUUAGAUGAUAUUGCCAUAUUCAGUAACACCUGGGAGGAGCACCUGAGUCACCUGAGCAAGGUGGUAAAGCAAAUAGCUGAGGCAGGGCUUACCAUAAAACCCGUAAAGUGUCAAGUUGGCAUGACAGUGCAGUAUCUGGGGCAUACAGUAGGAGGAGGGUCCCUACGCCCUGAGCCCAGUAAGGUGGAGUCUAUUAUGGCCUGGCCAAUUCCUAAGACCAAAAAACAGGUCAUGUCCUUUUUGGGGACUGCAGGGUAUUAUCGUAGAUUUGUCCUUGAUUAUAGUAAGAUAGCAAAACCUCUCACAGACUUGACAAAAAAGAAGGUGUCCAAGCAAAUUACCUGGACUGAGGAUUGUGAUAAGUCCUUCAUUGCCCUCAAGACUGCACUGUCCAACUCUCUGGUCCUCCAGGCCCCAGAUUUCAGUAGGAGGUUUGUGGUAAAAACAGAUGCUUCCAAUUUUGGUCUGGGGGCUGUUCUUAGCCAAGUAAACUCCAAUGGAGAAGAACACCCCAUUCUCUACCUGAGUAGGAAGCUAUUGCCUAGGGAAGUGGCCUAUGCAAGGAAUGUCUAG